GAAGAAGUACUGUUGUUAGCCUGCUAUGCUAACAUCCAACAGAACAUGAUGCUACUCGGCUAAAUGCUUUCGGAUCAAGUCUUCUACUACACACGUGGUUUUGUUGCGUUUAUAACAAUUGUCGGCAGAAGUAAAGCAAGUCGCCAUCUUCCGUAUUCGGUCUUCGCUGCGUUCUCAGAGAAGUUAGUUGGCUAAAGCGUUUGGAUGGAAAUGUCUACAAUCCAGAGUUUAAGACAGUUUAUCAACGAGAGGUUACAAACUGCUGCUGAAGACAUAUUAGGAUGUUUUGAAGCGACUGUCGCAAAGUACGAGGAUGAGAUCGGUCGUCAGCGCAGACUGCUGGAUGUAACUUUGAAACCUGUAGUAAAGCUGCAGAGAAUAGAGCUCCCACAGCGACAUGUCUGUAUCAAGGAAGAGUUUCCUGCUGACCUGCUGGAGAGGAACCCCAGUCCAGACCAAGAGGAGCCAGAACCUCCACAGAUUAAGGAGCAACAGGAGGAGCACUGCAUCGAGCUCCCAGAGCAACAUUUUCUUAAAGAGGAAGAGUUUCCAUCUGACCAGCAGCUCUGGAGCCUUGAGAGGAACCCCAGUCUGGACCAAGAGGAGCCAGAACCUCCACAGAUUAAAGAGGAGGAGGAGCUCUGCAUCGGUCCGGAAGUGGAGCAGCUUGUACUGAAGCAGGAGGAUCAAGAUAACCUUUUGUUGAAUCCUACUUUCAAGGAAAGUGACCACAGUGAACCAGAACCAAGUGAUCACCAGCUCCUCUCCCACAGCUCAGCUCAGAGCCAAGAUCUCAAAGGAGACCAGCAUGGAAACUCAAAAUCAGUUAGUAAUGCAGAGCAGGCAUCAGAAAAGGAACAUCAUGUCAUCACAAGAGCAAAAGAAAGCACAAGUCCCAGUAACCUUGCAUGUAGCACUACCAUGUCAAAGAUUGUGCCGAAUAUCUGCAAGAGUAAAAAGUUUUUCCAGUGUGACACUUGUGGAAAAGUCUUUAAGUGGAAGUCACGAUUAAAUGGACAUCUGAAGGUGCACACAGGUGAGAAACCAUAUCUUUGCAAAACCUGUGGAAAAAGGUUUUGUUACAAGUCAGCACUAAAAACACAUUUGAGAGUCCACACAGGGGAGAAACUGCAUUCUUGCGAAAUGUGUGAAAAAAGUUUCACAAGUAGCACAAAUUUGAAGAUCCACGAGAGAACACACACGGGCGAGAGACCUUUUUCUUGCAAAACUUGUGAGAGAAGUUUUAGGCUGAGAAAUACCCUGCAGGGCCACGAGAGAACUCACACGGGCGAAAAACCUUUUUCUUGCAAAACUUGUGGGAAAAGUUUUACAACUAGAAAUUACCUGAAGAUACACGAGAGAACGCACACGGGCGAGAGACCUUUUUCUUGCAAAACUUGUGGGAAAAGUUUUACAUUUAGAAAUUACCUGAAGAUACACGAGAGAACGCACACGGGCGAGAGACCUUUUUCUUGUAAAACUUGUGGGAAAAGUUUUAGUCUUAGAAGUUACCUUCAGGUCCACGAGAGAACGCACACUGGCGAGAAACCUUUUUCUUGCAAAACUUGUGGGAAAAGUUUUACGCUUUUAAAUACCCUGCAGGUCCACGAGAGAAUGCACACGGGCGAGAAACCUUUUUCUUGCAUAACUUGUGGGAUAAGUUUUAGUGCGAGAAAUACCCUUAAGAGACACGAGAGAACGCACGGGCUAGAGACCUUUUUCUUGCAAAACUUGUGGGAAAAGUUAUACACGUGGAUGUAGGUUGAAAGUCCACAUGAGAAGCCAUAAAGGUGAGGAGCCGUAUCCCUGUACAACUUGUGGGGAAAGAUUUGUUAGCAAAUCACUUCUAACAAAACAUUUGAGUACCCACACAUAGCAAAACUGAUAUUUUUGUAAAAUGUUGGAAAGAUCUCUGACUUGCCAGUUUAUACAAAGUCCACAGGAGAAUACAUCCAGUUGAGAAGCCACACCAUGGCCACACGAGAGGGAUACGAUUUGCUCAAGCGUUGUCAAAGAAGUUGUUACUUAGUUAUUGAUUCAUUAAUUAGUGAUACAACAGUUAGCGAAAACGACACUGGAAAUGUUUCCAGGGGACCAAAAAAGUGAUGAACCUAGUUGUAGUUCAAUGCUUUAUGAAGUUCCAUCACCACUGAUGAGGAGCAGACUUCAAUAACUUCACAAAGCAUUGAACUACAGCCAGGUUCAUCACUUACAUCUACACAAGAGAGAUUGUCUACAUUUGCAUUAGCUGCAUCUCUGUAACUGAAUGUGGAAAAUAUCCCAUUGAGGAAACAUCACAAUAUCUUUGAUGCAGUACAUGGUCAACAAAAUUUGCUGAAGUACCCACGUUUCUGUUCUUCAUGUGACUCAUAGAUAUUUACAUCUGCAAAGGAAGUGAUGUUUUCACCCAUGUCUCUUUGUUUACUCAUUUGUCAGCCAUUUAUACCAAAUGGUGCAGGAAGGGGACGGGGGUGAGAGAAAUUGAUUGGGUUAAAGUGGCAGAUCCAGAAUAUUUUAUUAUCACUGAAUGUUGAGAGAUUGUUGUCAAUGUGUCAGGAAAGACUGUGGAUCAAGAUGUAAAAAUCUGACAUAUUUGUGGAACAGAGAUUCAUAAGUAUGUGGUGCAGAUUAUCAACUGACUUCCCUUUUUCUUUUCUCUAUUUAUUACAAAACAAUAAAAUCUCUUGUUAAUGUGUACACAGUCCUAAAUGACUCUCAAUGUAAACAGUUAUUCAUUUGUGCUACGUGUAUUCAAUACUUAAGUGCAUGUGCAGUUUAUUAAAGUUUCUUGAAUUAU